AUGUCGACUAAUAAUGAAAAUGAAAUAAACAAUGAUGAAAUUUCAACAAAAGAAAAUGAAGAUUCAUUAUUUAAUCUGGAAGAUGAUGAUAAUAAGCAAGAAUUAAAUGAAGAUAAUCAGUUAAAAUGUUUUUUAUGUAAACAAUUAUUUAAUCAGCCAAAAUUUUUAUCAUGUACUCAUACAUAUUGUCUUCAAUGUUGCGAAAAAUUAAUUAAAAAUAAUUCAAACAAAGAUCAAUUUGAAAUUCAAUGUCCAAUAUGUCAACAAAUAACUGAAAUAUCAAAUAUAAAUAUGCUUGUUGAUAAUUAUUUGUUAAUACAUGAAAUAGAAAAUUUAGCUUUAAAAACUGGUUCAAUUCAAUGUCGUGCAUGUACAUCAAAUGAUGUUGGCGUUGCACACUGUUCAACUUGUUCAUCUUAUUUGUGUUCAAAGUGUUGUCAAGCUCAUCAAUACAUGAAAUGUUUUGAACAACAUCAUGUUCGACGUUUAUCACAAAUUGAAAAUGACGAAGAAUAUUUAAAUCGAACAUGUCAAAUUCAUUCAAAUAAUCAAAUAAAUUUUUAUUGUAAAACAUGUUCAUUAAAUCUAUGUGAACAAUGUUUAUUAUUACAUCCAACAUCACAACAUGAUAUACAAAAGAAUCCAUUUGAACAAAUACGUUCUGAUUUAAAUGAUAAAAUAAAUCAAAUUGAUCAAAUACGUUCAACUGCUUUGGCUAAUUUAGAUCAUCAAUUAACAUCUCUUCAACAUGAUUAUGAUAAAGCUAAAACACAAGUUGAUUUGGCACAUACACAAUAUCAACAAGUUUUAAAUGAAGUUUAUAAAGAAUGUUUAUCAUCAUUAAGUAUUUUGCAACGUGAUGAAGAGAUGCGUUUAAUUGAUAAAUUAGAAACAAUUCAAAAAGGUUCUCAAUCAUUUGACGAUAGUCGAUCAGUUUUUCAACGUUGCUUAGAUAAGUGUUCAUUAAAUGAAUUAGUGCAAUUGAAAACAAAAUUAUUUGAUGAUAAAUUAAAUUCAUUUCAUCAAUUAUUUCAAAUUGAAUCAAAUUAUUUUAAAAUCAAUGAUGAACAACAGCAAAAACAUGAUUUAGUUCAAUUUUUAAGUACGCCUAUCCAAGAAUUUCAACAAAUUAUUAAACUCAAUUUUGGACAAUUAAUUAAACCAGAAUCAAAACAAAUAUCAUCACCAAUUAAUAAUCAUUACCAGAGAGGAUCAUUAUUAUCAUCAACAAAUGGUGAUUCAGUAUCAUCAUCAUCAGGUGUUGGUAGUAUUGGUCUUGGCCAAAUAUCAUCUCGUGGAACAAUAUUAUCAAAUGGUGUAUCACCUUCUGGUACGAAUCGUGAUGAUUAUUUUGUUAAUUGUUCAACAAAUGAAAAUGAACCAGUUGUUGAAAAUCUUCGUGCACUUGAAUCAAUAUUUGUUGAUUCAUUAUCAACAAUUCAUCCAAAUGUACAAAGAAAUUUAGAGGAAAUGCUUCAAUUGAAUCAUCAACAACCGCCACUACUACAAGAAAAUCCGUAUACAAUGCUAACACGACAAUCAUCAGCACCACCAUUGGGACAACGAUCACCAUCAAACAGUAUAAUUCAAUAUCCUCCACCAUCAUUAGUUGCAACAUAUUCAAGUACAAAUAGUGGCGGAUCAAGUAACGGAAAUAAUAGUCGUUCAACAACUCCAUUUUCAGGCGUAACACAAAACUCGACAAUUGAUGUUAAUUUAAAUGUUCUUUCUCAAACAUCAUUAAUGCGUCGUUGUGGACAAUCAAUGCAAGUUCGAGCCAAAUUCGGUUCAUUAGGACCACAAAAAUGUCAAUUUAAUGCUCCACAUGGUUUUUGUCUUGGAAUCGAUGAAGAAAUAAUUGUUGCUGAUACAAAUAAUCAUCGCAUACAGAUAUUUGAUAAAAAUGGUGAAUAUAAAUAUCAAUUUGGUAUGCCUGGAAAAGAAGAAGGGCAAUUAUGGUAUCCAAGAAAAGUGGCUGUUAUUAGACAAACGGGAAAAUUUGUUAUUUGCGAUAGAGGAAAUGAAAGAAGUCGAAUGCAAAUAUUUACAAGAAAUGGACAUUUUAUAAGAAAAAUUUCAAUUCGUUAUAUUGAUAUUGUUGCUGGCUUAGCUAUUACACAACAAGGAAAUAUUGUUGCUGUUGAUUCAGUAUCACCAACUGUUUUUUGUAUAAGUGAAUCAGGUGAUCUUCUUAAAUGGUUUGAUUGUUCAGAUUAUAUGAGAGAACCAUCUGACAUUGCAAUCUUUAAUAAUGAAUAUUUUGUUUGCGAUUUUAAAGGUCAUUGUGUUGUUGUAUUUGAUGAAGAUGGAACAUUUUUACGUCGUAUUGGUUCUGAGAGUGUAACUAAUUUUCCAAAUGGAAUCGAUAUCAGUGAUGCCGGUGAUGUAAUCAUUGGUGAUUCACAUGGAAACCGUUUUCAUAUAGCUGUAUUUACACGUACAGGUGAUUUUUUACAAGAAUUUGAUUGUCCAUAUGUGAAAGUAUCACGUUGUUGUGGAUUAAAAAUAACAUCGGAUGGUUUUAUUGUAACGUUGGCAAAAAAUAAUCAUCACGUACUUGUAUUGAAUACACUUUAUUUAACAUAA